AUGCAGACCUCCGGGAGCAAGCCCUGCCCCUGCCCCAGCUUCAAGCUGCGGGAAGUGGCCUCCAUGUAUUUCACCAUGAUCGCGGUGUUCCUGGUUAUCUUGGUGGUGGCCCUGCAAGGCUCGGCACCCCGCGGGAGCGAUUUUCCCUAUAAGGUGCCCCUCGAUCCCCAGGGGCUGCUCGAGCUCUCCUGGAACGUCAGCUACCCCGAGCAAGCCGUGCACUUCCAGCUCCUCAUCAAGGACCUGCAGUUCGGGCUCCUCUUCGGGAUGUCGGACAGGGGCGAGUUCGAGAACGCAGACCUGGCCGUGCUCUGGAGCGACGGGCACAAUUCCUACUUCGGGGAUGCCUGGAGCGAUGCCAAGGGGCAGCUCCACAUGGACUCUCAGCAGGACUACCAGCUCCUCGGGGCUCAGAGGGCUCCCGAGGGGCUCUACCUCCUCUUCAGAAGAGCCUUCAGCACCUGUGACCCCAAGGACUACCUUAUAGAGGAUGGCACCGUACACCUUAUCUACGGGAUUCUGGAGAAACCAGUUCCUUCCCUCCAAGCCAUCAACAUCUCUGCCAUCCACAGGGGACUGCAGAGGGUGCAGCUGCUAAAGCCCAACAUCACUGUCCCUGAACUGCCCAGCGACAUGAAGACCAUGGAGAUAACAGCCCCUGACAUUGUCAUUCCCAGUCAGGAGACAACCUACUGGUGCUACAUGGCAGAGCUCCCAGAUGGCUUCCCCAAACAUCACAUUGUCAUGUACGAGCCAGUGAUCACAGCAGGCAAUGAGGCCCUGGUCCACCACAUGGAAGUCUUCCAGUGUGCUGCUGAGUUCCACAGUCUCCCUCACUACAAUGGGCCCUGUGACUCCAAGAUGAAGCCAGCCCAUCUCAACUACUGCAGGCACGUGCUUGCAGCAUGGGCCAUGGGAGCGCAGGCUUUCUACUACCCCGAAGAAGCAGGUCUUGCCUUCGGAGGCCCGGGCUCCUCCAGAUAUUUGCGCCUCGAGAUUCAUUACCACAAUCCCCUGGUGUUUGAAGGUCGCCGUGACUCCUCGGGAAUCCGCCUUUACUACACGGCCACUCUGAGACGCCACGACGCCGGCAUCAUGGAGCUGGGCUUGGUCUACACACCAGUGAUGGCCAUUCCCCCGGACGAGGAAGCCUUUGUCCUCACGGGGUAUUGCACCGACAAAUGCACCCAGCUGGCUCUGCCCGCUGCCGGCAUCCGCAUCUUCGCCUCCCAGCUCCACACUCACCUGGCAGGAAGAAAAGUGGUGACGGUGCUGUCCCGCGACGGGAGAGAGCGGCAGGUCGUCAAUGCCGAUGGUCACUACAGCCCUCACUUCCAGCGAUUCAUCCUCAGCCGCCCUGCCCUCCCGGCCCCCGCUGCCAGCAGGUUUGUGUCUGUGCUGCAGGGCGGGUUUGGCAUCAUGGAAGAGAUGUGCGUGAACUACGUGCACUACUACCCCCAGACGCAGCUGGAGCUGUGCAAAAGCGCCGUGGAUCCGGGCUACCUGCACCGCUACUUCAACCUCGUGAACAGGUUUAACGAUGAGGAGGUCUGCAUGUGCCCGCAGGUCUCUGUCCCGCAGCAGUUCUCCUCCAUCCCCUGGAACACGUUCAACAGAGAUGUGCUGAAAUCCCUCUACGGCUUUGCUCCGAUCUCGGUGCACUGCAACGAAUCCUCAGCCGUCCGGUUCCCGGGCGAGUGGGAGAAGCAGCCGCUCCCCACCAUCACCCAGAGGCUGCGGGAGACCGUCCCUCGCUGCUCGCCCCCCCCCGGGCCUCGGCCUGCCGCCCCCGGCCCCCUCAAC